AUGUGCGCAAUCCAAGACUGCCUCAAGAGGAACACCUACAAGGAGGACAAGUGCCAGGGCGUGAUUGACGCGCUCUACGACUGCUGUCAAGCCUUCUACGACCGUAACGGGGAGGGCGCCAGCGCCGCAAGCUGUCCCAAGCCAGAUCUGCUGAAGCUGAAGCUCAAGAUGAGGAAGAAGACGGAGAACAAGUCUCGAUGA